UUGAACGCUUGCUUGUUGUGAACAAACCGCGUUUUGUUUAAAGUUUUGGAAAAUCGCGGAAAAUGGAUUCAUAUUUCAUUAAUGAUCAGCGUAGGCAAUGCGUGAAAGUGCUAUUUCCCUCGGUCCCUUUGCACGUUGGAAUGGAGUGCGGCGGUAUGAGGACGCAAGAACAAUUCGACGUCGUUGUGGAGAAGAUGGAAACGCAGAAUUUGAUGCAAAUUCGACUGACGCAAUCCAAUGAUCACUCAAAAAUGUACCUCAGCACGAUCGACACAGCCGCUUAUGAGGAAAUCCGCGUUCAACAGGCUCUGCACGUAACGUUCCACGGCUUUACCGAUCAUCUCAUACAGAUACUGGACAGUUGCAAAAAGGAUGAACUGCACAUGUCCUUGGUCACCAAUAACAGCAAAUGCACGAUGCAGAUAUACGAGAAAAGCUCAUUUAAAAAUUUAACACACCUCUUCUUAACUAUGGACGGCGCCUCAACAGAAACCGUGCUGUACCACCUAAACCAAACGCUCCAAAAAAUGCAGGCACAAGCAACCGGAUCCUCAUCGCAGCUGCACAAGUACCAGAUGGAAAUGAGUUUAAAAGAUGAAACCAUUGAACAGUUGAGGAAUGAAAUUCGCUCGUUAAGUGGGAAACUGGCGAACCAAGAAAAUUUGUUAUUCAACCGAAACACCGAGGAGAUCACACGGCUUCAGCAAACUUUGAAACACCUUGGAGAAAGCAAGGAAUUGGAGGAAAAACGAUUGAAAGCCAUUAUCAAUAGUAUGCAAGAAAAAAUUGAUCAGCUCAGUAAGGAAUUGGCGGACCGUGCCGAGCAAAUAAUCAUAGAAACAACUCGUUAUGAAAGCACCCGAGAAGAGAAUGUUAAGUUACGCAGUCUAAAUGCAAUCAUGAAAGAGGAAAUUGAUCGCACGAAAAAGGAGCUUUCCCUAAAACAAGACCGUGAAUCUAAAUCAGGAAACAUGAUUUCGGAAAUGAAACGACAGCUCCAAGAUAUGCAAAACAAGGCAAAGCUGCUUGAAAAACAACGAUCAGAGUUGGAAGCGGAGCUGCAGGCCGAGAAAAAUAUCUGCCACACCAAGAAGCACGCCUUGCAGAUUUCGACUGAUGAACUGGCGAAUGCAUCAGUUGUUAUAAGCAAUCUCAACAAAGAAGUCGCGGUGCUCAAAAGCAAGGUUGAUCUGCGGACAGCGAUUGCAAUCCGCCAGGAAAAGAUCAUUCAAGGCAAUGAAGGCCAAUUGAAGGAGUUGCAGGAUACUGUCGCAGCAAUACAACAGGAACAUUUACGAAAUAGAGCCACCAACGAGGAAUACGCCCAAACGGUCAAACGCAUCAAAGAAGCCUCGAACAUGAUAGAAGAGAAAUAUCGCAAAAAAAUCAACGAUAUGCUAGUGAAGAUGUCGGAUGCUCAGGGGUACGCUGUAUCGAUUGAGGGUAAUUAACAAUUGAGGGUCUCUUAUGGCGUUUCCAAUAAACUGCACUCUAUUCUCGGC